UACAUCUCUUUUACGAGGACUUUGUAAGUCUAUAAAGCAUUUAACAGGCAGUGAGGGCAUCAGGACGAUUAUUAUUAGACUUUUCUGCAAGACAKUAAGAUACACAAAGUCUGCGAGUGGUUGAGGAAGAGAAAUAUUCUUUUCUCUAUGAACUGUGGUCGAAUCUUCAUUUCAAGUUAGACGUGAAAAACAUGGAUUCCUUUCUGAAGAAUGGCUCCAUGUUUGCAGUCAGGCGCGGCUCUUUAUCAUUUCUAAAAUGAAAAGCUAAAUUAGAGCUGAUGAAAAAGGGAGAACCCGAGCAGGAUUGAUUCACGGGCUGUAUUGGUAAAUAUGAUCACGUGACCCAUGUAAACCAAUCCCAGUAGAAGCAGGCCAGCUUAAAAAAAAGAAUUGCUAUGAUUGUUCAUAGAGGGGAAAGCUUCUGGUAACAGUGCGACCCGUAUUAUAGGAAGAGAUGAAAAAAUGUCUUCCACUGGUGCUCUCAGAAACUGCUAUGUGGACUCCGUGAUGGGUCAGGACCCGGAGGACGUGUUCGGAGCUCGGUUCAUUCAGGCGCCGCAUYCCAUGGUGCCUCGGCCGCCCGGUGCCGCGGAAGGCGCAGACUUCUCCUCGUGCAAUUUCGCUCCAAAGUCCUUCCCGUCGUCCUGGUCCGCGGUUCAUCCUCAGGGGAUCUACCAUCCGUACGUCCACCAUCACCACCAAUCCCAUCUGCCCGCCUCGGAUGGCAGAUAUGUCGGCGUGCGCUCCUGGAUGGACCCGAUCUCGAACCACGUCCCGUUCGCCGGGUUCCACUCCGCCACCACGAACAGCAGCAGUGCCUCCUCCCGGCCGUACGGGACGAAGCCGGAGGUCCUGGCUAACGUCAAAGCCGCAGAGUGCGACCCGCCGGAGGCCGAGGCUCCGCCGCUGUCCGGGGACUGCGGAGGCUCGGAGUGUGCGGAGAAGGCGAGCUGCAAGGCGCACGGUGGUGGAAGUGAGCUUUCGAGUCAGUCCAAAGACGACAAACAACAACAACUUGACCCAAACAAUCCGGCAGCCAACUGGAUCCACGCGCGCUCCACGAGAAAGAAGCGCUGCCCUUACACCAAAUAUCAGACUUUAGAGCUGGAGAAGGAGUUCCUCUAUAACAUGUAUCUGACCAGAGACCGGCGCUACGAGGUCGCCCGCAUCCUCAGUCUAACGGAGAGACAGGUCAAGAUCUGGUUCCAGAACAGGAGGAUGAAGAUGAAGAAGAUGAACAGAGAGAGGAGCGGCAGCGAGCAGCUUUAAAGUUGACUGCCGGGAGGCACUGCGCGUAAUUUUUUAAUCAUUAUUUUUAUUUUUUUUUUGUUUAUAUCAAGGAUAUGAACAUUUAUUUUUUUAUUUUUGGUUGGAACUUUCGUAGCUUUUGAAUUUUAUUUAGUUUUUGCUGAACUUUACGCACGAGCGUCACGAUCCGUGGCCACAUGGGCCACAUAUGAGGAAUUUGUCUUAGUGAGAUCCAGACAGUAUCUGUCAAAAAAAGAAGGAAGAAAUAACCCUUUAAACUAUGUAAAUAGCAAUUUUUUAUGUUGUUUUAAAAUAUGGAACUGGGACUUUUGCGCAUAGCUUAUAAACGCGCUUUUAUAGUCUUAAAAAAUUAGAGUAAAACAUUUUCACAACAA